AUGACUUACUUUCUCUUUAAAUUAGGGGGCCUAGACGUUACUAAAAAAUUUUUUUACUUGAAAACAGAUGAAAACGGAGAGAGCAAUAUUAUAAAGUAUUACCCAAAAGUUUGUAAAAUUUCUUAUUCUUGCAAAUUCAAAAUUGAUUGGAGUGACGUACUACAAUUGGAAAUAAACAAAGUUGAGAAGAAAAAUCAAAUUGAGGAGGAUGAUCCUGAUAGUUUAUUAUAAAAAUUAUAAAGGUUUCUUGUUUAAUUAUUUUUAUUAAUAUCAAAAAGGAGGGGGUUCAACUUGGGGUUUCAGCCAGGGAAGGGUCAUGUUACCUCUGAACUCUGACCUUUUUUUCGACUCGAAAUUAGACUCGACAUUUUUCUUAACCCGGCGAUUCCAGGUUUCAAAUAAGGUGGGGUUUUAAUGGGACUUCAAUCAAAUGUGUUUUAACAAUAACCGAGAACUUUGUAUUGGAAUUGUUUUGAUUAUUGGCGAGAUUAAAAAGUCUUUUAUAGAAGAAUUUCCACACAAUCUUCCUCUUUCGAAACUGACCACUUUGGAAAAUUAGGGAGGUUAUUUAAAUAUUUUUU